ACAUGUUCCUAACAAUUAAGUGUUCCGCCGGUAGAUCGUUGUUUUUUUAUCCCUGAUAAAAUGUCGCACGUUGUUACUUUUAGAGCUCAGCUGGCGUCGAUUAUGGAUGUUUUAGCUAAAGCUACAGUGACAGAACUCUACAAACAUGUCGCCAAGGACGAUAUUGAUUGCUGUACAACGCAAUGUUUAGAAAUUACUUCCUGUUCUAACGAAGCAGCAAAGAAAAAGUUACCGUUGAUGGUGGACAGCGAACUCGCGGUGCAGUUGGCCUCCGUAAUGGAGAUCCUGACAAAAGAGGCCCUGGAAGAAAUCUGCAAACUUGUGGAGGAGGGCUGUGCUGUGCUGCACCUGGAGAAGGCCCAGACUCAGGUGGAGAACCAGGCUCUGAAGAGGAGGCUGCAGCUGACGGAGAGCCAGCUGAGGACAGUGAGCGGGGGCAGGGAGGGGGCAGCGCUGGAGAGCCCAGCAGGGAGACCCAGCUGCUCUGUGGGAGUUCACGUCAGCCAUAAUUGCGGAGGAGAGAAGAUUGUUUUAGAAGAGGAUCCUCCUGCCACCAACCUGUGGAGUGGUGAAGAGGCCUCAACAGGGGAGACGACUCCACAUCAGCCUGCCACCACAAGAGACCAGUCUACAGACACGGAGAACAGAAAGCAUGGACAACUUCUGAUGAAGAACGUAAACCCUGCAUUUGGUUUGGCAAACGGUGAUUCACAGAGCGGACUAAAGAUGAGUGAGGAAACAGAUCUUGUAGGGGCCAGUACUGAUGCUAGAGAGCUACUUCCUGAUGAGAGUCAGUACUGUGAAGAAGUACAGGACACGCUUCUUGUACCUGUGCAGGGCCAAGAGGAACAGGACCCACACGCCAUACCCGCAGAAUUAAGCUCAGAUGUCAAAGACCGUUCUGCCCAAGGGACUUUCACCGCGGUGAAGGCCAUGACCGAUCGUCAAAACGUGAGCAAAGGACAGAAACCAUUCAGUUGCAAGCUGUGUGGAAAGAAGUUUGCCAGGCAAAGUAAUCUCAAAGCACACCAGGUUGUACACACAAGAGAGAAACGAUUUAACUGCACUCAGUGUGGGCAGAAAUUCACUGCGAAAUGUAGCUUGAAUGUACAUCAGCUUGUAGUGCACAAAGGAGAGAAGCGCUUCUGCUGCACAUAUUGCGGGAGGGUGUUUGGUACACAGAGUCAUCUUAAAGAACACCAAGUUGUGGGAAAGAAACCAUAUAAUUGCACACAGUGUGGGGAGGAUUUCCCAGUCAAAUGUAAACUGAAACAUCACUGGUCGACGGUACAUAAUGGCGAGAAACCGUACAGUUGCGCACACUGUGGGAAGAGUUUUCUAAGAGAAAGAAAACUGGCAGCGCACCAGCUGGUUCACACAGGAGCCAAGCCGUUUAGCUGCGCAGACUGUGGGAAGUGUUUCACAGCCAGAAGUAGUCUGAAUGUUCACCAUCAAACGGUGCACAGGGGAGAGAAACCGCACCGCUGUGACACAUGUGGCAAGAGUUUCAGUCAGAGGAGUGGACUGAGAGCGCACCAGAGAACUCACACAGGAGAGAGACCCCACAUUUGUACCAACUGUGGAAAGAGCUUCUCCGGCUCAAGUACCCUGAAGAUACACAUGAGGGUCCACACCGGAGAGAAGGCCUUUUCGUGUGAUGUGUGUGGGAAGUGCUUUAGUCUGGCGCCUAAUCUUAACAGACACAAACGGACUCACACAGGGGAGAAAGCCUUUAAAUGUGAGAGAUGCGGGAGGAGUUUCACUCAAGCUAGCCAUCUAAAAGUACAUCAGCGAAUUCACACGGGAGAAAGGCCAUUUACCUGCGAAAUAUGCGGGAACCGGUUCAAUCAGAAAAGUGCACUGAAGGUACACCAGGCAGUUCACUCAUUUGAGAAGCCACACAAUUGUGCAGAGUGUGGAAAGUGUUUCUCUUCCGCGGCAAAUCUUUGUAAACACCAGCUGAUACACACUGUAGGGAAACCACACAGCUGCAGUGUGUGUGGAAAGAGUUUCCGUACAGCAAACAGUCUUAAAAUUCAUGAGCAAGCUCACACAAGUGGGAAGCCUUUUCGUUGCGAUGUAUGUGGACAGCGCUACAGUUCUGCAAGUUAUCUCAACACACACCAAAUUAUUCACACAGGAGUGAAACCAUACAGUUGCAGUGAAUGUGGGAAAGGUUUCAUAAGGCAAAGCACUCUUAAUUCACACCAGCGGACUCACACAGGAGAAAAACCAUAUAGUUGUCAGGAGUGUGGCAAGAGCUUCAGCGUUCCUCAGAAUUUGACUCGACACCAGCGUAUUCACACAGGAGAUAAACCAUUUGUCUGCGGUGUUUGUGGAACUGGUUUCUGUCAGGCAAAUAAUCUUAAAGCGCACCAGCAAACGCAUACGGGAGAGAGACCAUUCGUGUGUGAUAAAUGUGGGAAACGUUUUUCUGCUCUGAGAAACCUUAAAGAGCAUAAGUGUGCUUAUCGUUGAAACGAUUUACUUACAAUUCACGGUGGGAGAUUUACUGCGGUCGAAUUUGCCUUAAAGGGAUGGUUCCCUUUCUGGAGUGUUUCUAAAAAUAUAGUAUUUUUAUUUUAUAUAUUUUAUUUUAUGUAUGUUUUCAAUUGUCUGGGACAGUUUUUUUUGUGUGAUACUUAGUUUCUGAUGACAGCUUUGCAGUGGUUUCAAUUUGCCCAUUUGCAGGUUUGUGGCUGCAAGCAAACAAACAAACAAACAAACAAAUAAGUCCUUGUACAUAUAAGCACAUUCCUUUUAUAGCAUUCAUUCAGUUAAACCUGAAUAUCCAUUUUUAUAUUGUGCUGGAACCUAUUUUCUUGAGCAUAGCAGUCUAAUGUUGCAUGUAUCUUAGGAAAUGGUUCCAACCAAAAUUCUUUAUCUAAUUUACUGUUUUUAAAAGUUAUUAGGGUGACACAUUUUUUUUAACUAUUAUUUUUCUAUUUAUUUGUUUUAAACCACAAAUGCGUGAAUGUAAUAAUGUCACAUAUAUUAUUUAACAUUUUCUGUCAAAAGCAUGAAAAGUACUAAUGGAUAAUGGCUAACUUUUGAAAUAUGAUUUUUAGUGUUGCCUACCAUACAUUUUUCUUCCCUCAUGCGUAUUUCAGUAUGAAGAUAAAUAGGUUAUGCCAUGGCAUGCUUCUUGAAUGGCAUUGGUACUUUAUUAUAAAGCAAGCGACUUCAGCUGUGUCUGAAUACUGGAUGUAAAAUGUUUUGGAUACAUUUGUUUUGGGGUCUAUUAUUGGUUUAAUUUUAUUCUGGAGCAGGCGAACAUAAUUUCUUAGAGUGUUAAAAGUGUAUUAGUGAACUAUACAUGGGAAUAAUGCAAUGCAUAGGAAUGUAGGAAUGCUUAAAAAACAACAUUACAGGCCUUAUUUUGCUCUUUAAUUCUUAAAACUUAAACUAAUCAGAUAAAAAUUAUAUUAAAACAUACACGUAAUACUUGUAUUUUUUAACCAGCAGAAAAAAGUUUUUAAGGUCGCUAGUUAGCAAUGUCUCAAAAUCUUAAAAUGUGGCGAUAUUUAGCAUAAACAAUUGUAAUUGCAAGUUAAAUUGAGAUGAAGUCAUAUGUACCUAUCUAAUGUCAA